GGUAUGUGUCGCUUCCUCUUACGCCUCUGGCUAAGUGUUGCAACAAUGUUGUGAAUACGUGGUGCAGUCAAUGCUGGAAGUUCAACGUUUUCGAACCAGAUACAAUGUCAAUCGCGUAACUUUAUUCAAUAUUGAUAAUGUAAUGUUUGGAAGUAACAAAAGACGAGUGUUACAUUGUUUUUAAAUCGCCUCGAUAUUUAGAGAGGGGUGUGUGCGCGAGACAUGAGUGCGCAUGUAGCGCAGCUAGGAUGAGUUGUCAUCAGACUUCUACAUGGGCCGACGACUAUUCUGUACAACAGGAAAACGAACUAGAAGCGCUUGCAUCAAUUUUUGGAGAAGAUUUUAAUGAUCUGCGUAAUAACCAUCCAUGGAAGAUCAAAAGACCACCAGAGGUAUACCUGUGCCUGCGACCUAAUGGACUAAACAAUGGGAAGGAAAGUUAUGUGACAGUGGACCUGCAGGUCCAAUGCCCACCUACUUACCCUGUACCUCCAGAGUUUGAGCUGAAGAAUGCCAAAGGUCUCUCCAAUGACAACCUCCAGAGCCUCCAGACCCAGCUCACUAAACUGGCUGCAGAGCGAUGUGGGGAGGUGAUGAUCUAUGAGCUGGCCGACCAUGUCCAGGUGUUCCUGAGUGAACACAACAAGCCUCCGUCCAGCUCCUUUCAUGAGGAGAUGUUGAAGAACCAGCGGCUACAGCAGGAGAGGCUAGCCCUGGAGGAGCAGGAGAAACUGGACCAACGCCGCAGAUGCAAUUUGAGAUCCUGGCUGAAAUCCAAAGGAGAGAGGAGAAGAGGAAAAAAUACAUUGCCAAACAGACGAGACACAUGCUGCGAGGAUAGCCCACGCUCACAGGAAGUGCUUUACUUCAGCAACAGUACCCUUGGGGAUCUCAUGGUGCAUAGAGGAAAGUGCCUCGGGGAAAGUGAGAGGCUUGGCCGUAAUGUUUAUAAUGCUUUCGACGCAACCAACGGAGAGUUUGCCGUAGUAUACGAGUGGAUCCUACGCUGGAACAAGAAGAUUGGCAAGUUCUUCACCAGUGAGGAAAAGGGGAAGAUUGACAAUUGUAAAAAGCAGAUCCACGGUGCGGAGAGUGAGCUGAACUCCCUACUGAAGCUGAAACACCCGAACCUGGUGCACUACCAGGCUCUGAGCUCCAGUGAGAGGGAUGACUGCCUGGUGGUGGACCUGCUGGUAGAGCAUGUGGGGGUCAGCAGCAGUCUGAGCCAGAGCCUGUCCAGCCAGACCGCCAUCCCCCUGGAGCGCCUCCACCUGCACACCACCCAGCUCCUUGCUGCCCUCGACUACCUCCACUCCAACUCUGUUGUCCACAAGCAGCUGGGCGCCUCCAGCGUGCUGCUGGACCACCUGGGCAACGUGCGUCUCACAGACUACAGCCUCUCCAAGAGACUGGGCGACCUCUGCAAGGAGGACAUCUUUCAGGAGGCCUGUGUGCGCUUCUGUGAGGACACGGUGCCCACCAAGGCUGGGAAGAAAGGGGACGUGUGGAGCCUGGGGCUGAUGCUGCUGGCACUUAGCCAGGGCGAGGAGGUCAGGGAGUUCCCGGUGUCUGUGCCCACCAGCCUGCCCGCUGACUUCCAGGACUUCCUCAACAGGUGUGUGUGUCUGAAUGAUGCUGACCGCUGGAACACCCAGCAGCUGUUGGACCACCCCUUCCUCAACCCUCCACCUCCGAAGACCCCUCCACAGUGCCAGGACGCUAGUCCAGAAGACAUUGGUGAUGACUUUGCGUCGUCGGUCAUCCCUCACAGUCACAUCCUCAAUGCGCCGUUCAGCACUGGGCUGCAGAGGCAGUUCUCACGCUACUUCAACGAGUUUGAGGAGUUACAGCUGCUGGGGAAAGGAGCUUUUGGUGCAGUUAUCAAGGUCCAGAACAAGCUGGAUGGAUGUUACUAUGCUGUGAAGCGUAUCCAGGUGAACCCGGCCAGUAAGCAGUUCCGUAGGAUCAAAGGUGAGGUGACGCUGCUGUCGCGCCUCAGCCAUGAGAACAUCGUCCGCUACUACAACGCUUGGAUCGAGAGGCACGAGACCCCCUCCAUGGGGAUACUGAGCUCAGACAGCUCCGAGACCCGGAGCACAGCGGAGAAGCCGCCUCAGGUCCGAGCCCCUUCUCUGGGCCUCAACGAGCUCAGAAUCAGCAUGCUUGACAAUGUGGAGGGUAAUGCCCUACUCCCUGCCACGGCGAGCUCGGUGGAGUGGAGCACCUCCAUCGAGAGGUCCUCUAGCGCCAAGUGCAGUGGUCACAAGUCCAGCGACGAGGAGGAUGAUGAUGAGUUUUUCUGUGCCUCGUUCCUCCCAUCAAACAGUGACUCAGAGAGUGACAUCGUUUUUGACAAUGGAGAUGGCAGCGUAUCCCAGGAAGAGCCAAGCAAUAGAAUGGGUGGUGGUGACACGAUAAAGAGCACAGACUCUCUUUAUCUUUACAUCCAGAUGGAAUACUGUGAAAAAAGCACUUUACGAGACACCAUUGACCAGGGUCUCCAUCAGGACAAAAGUCGCCUGUGGAGGUUCUUCAGGGAGAUCCUGGAUGGCCUGGCUUACAUCCACCAACAGGGGAUGAUUCAUCGAGACCUCAAGCCCGUCAACAUUUUCUUGGACUCUCAGGAGCAUGUGAAAAUUGGAGACUUUGGCCUGGCCACAGACCAUCCUGCUAAUGUGGCCGCAGCAAGCAUACUGGAUAUUGAGGAGAGUGGCUCUUUCCUGAUUCUCAAACCGGACCCAACAGGGAAUAUGACUGGUAUGGUUGGUACUGCCCUAUAUGUCAGUCCAGAGGUGCAAGGAAAUACCAAAGCCACUUACAACCAGAAAGUGGAUCUGUUUAGCUUGGGUAUUAUCCUGUUUGAGAUGUCCUACCGACCCAUGACCACCGGCUCUGAACGAAUCUCAGUCCUGAGCCAGCUGCGCAUGGAGGACAUCAACUUCCCUGAAGAUUUCCCUGAGUGUACGAGUGGAACGCAGAGGAAGGUUAUUGGCUGGCUGCUGAACCAUGACCCGGCCCUGCGUCCCACGGUCCAGGAGCUCCUGAAGAGUGAUCUGCUGCCCCCGCCCCAGAUGGAGGAGUCGGAGCUCCACGAGGUCCUGCAGCACACCAUGGCUAACGUCAAUGGCAAGGCCUACCGCACCAUGGUCAACCAGCUGUUCUCCCAGAUCACCUCCCCCGUCAUGGACUACACCUACGAUAUCAACCUCCACAAGGGCAACUUUAAUUUCAACAGUGCCAAAUUGCAACCGUAUGUGUACGAAACAAUCACCUGGAUCUUCAAGAAACAUGGGGCUGUGCGUCUCCAGACUCCCCUGCUCCUCCCCAGGAACAGGAAGCUGUAUGAAGGCAGUGAGCCAGCCUGCUUGAUGGACCACAGUGGCAUGCUGGUCACCCUGCCCUACGACCUCCGGAUUGCCUUCGCAAGAUUUGUGGCCAGAAGUAAUAUUACCCAUUUCAAGAGGUGGAGCAUUGAGCGUGUGUUCCGGCCCAGAAAGCUGGACAGGGCCCACCCCAGGGAGCUGCUGGAGUGUUCCUUUGACGUCAUUGUCCCCGUCACUAAUAGCCUGCUGCCUGACGCUGAGACCAUUUUCACCAUCGCAGAGAUUAUCCAGGAGUUCAGUGUCCUGCAGGAGAGGAACUACCACAUCUACCUAAACCACACCAGCCUGCUGAAGGCCGUCCUGCUACACAGCGGCAUCCCCGAGGACAAACUGAGCCACGCAUCCAGCAUCCUCUGUGACGCCAUGAGUGAAAAGCUGACCAGGAGAGAGGUGGAGGCCAAGUUCUGUAACCUGUCCCUGUCCAACAACAGUUUGCAGACUCUGUAUAAAUACAUAGAGCAGAAAGGAGUCCUGCGGGACCUGGUCCCCCUCAUCACCUCUCUGACCAAACAGAAGACUGCAGUCACCCAGCUGGCAAAGCAGGGCGUUAAAGACCUGGAGGAACUCACUGGCCUGCUCAGGAGACUGGGAGUCAAGCUACCGGUGGUGGUAAAUCUGGGUCUGGUUUAUAAGGUGCAACACCAUUGUGGGGUCAUCUUCCAGUUUGUGGCCUUCAUCAAGAAGCACAGACGCACCGUGCCAGACAUCAUGGCUGCAGGAGGGAGGUACGACCACCUGAUCCUUGAGUUCCGUGGCCCAGCGUCCUCUGCUCCUGUCCCUUCGGCAGUAGGGGCCAGUUUGGCUCUGGACAAGGUCUGUGCUGCCCUGGCCAGCAUGGAAGAGCCGCCCUCUAUCAGUUCAUGUGACGUGCUGGUGGUACCAGUUGGCCACACCUCCAUGGGCCGAGCCAUCAGCGUGGUCCAGAAGCUGUGGACAGCAGGAGUUUCUGCUGACAUUGUCUAUGACGUGUCACAGUCCCAGGAGACUAUGCUGGAGCACUGUAGACAGGCUGGCAUCACCUGCAUGGCCCUUGUCUCAGACAAGGACGGGAACUACAUCAAGGUCAAGUCCUUUGAGAAGGAAAGGCAGUCAGAGAAGAGGAUUCCAGAGUCUGACCUUGUGGAUCACAUUGUUCAGAAAUGUCGGACCAAAUUCUUUGAGGAGAGAAAUAUCCGGGAAACCUCUGAGACUGUCUCUCUUCAGAACACCAAGGGGUCACUCGUCAAUGCCUCAGGAUCGUCAGAGCAGCACGGGAGCAGCGCCUCCAGUAACAUCAAUGUGUUACUUAUCUCACCAGAAAAGGUGUCCUCCAGCGCCAGACGGCGCUACGAGACCAAGGUGGACCUGCCGAAGGGAACUCUCAUCAACUUCCUAUCAUUGGAGUUUGAUGGAGAUGAGCAGUUCAACAUCAGCGUUAAACGUCUGCUGUCACGUCUCCCCAAGCAGCGCUACCUCAAGUCCAUCUGUGAGGAGAUCCACUGCUUCAAAAUCUUAAAACGGGUUGCUGUGGUGGUUUUGUACAGCUACAAGGACGAUUACUACAAGAUUCUUCUGUGAAACCAAAGAUGUUACUGCUCAGGUCAAGCUCCAAGCUGCUCCCAGCACAACAGGCUUCCUGUGGCGCUUUUCUAUACAGAGAAACAGUAUCUGUGUAGAAAGAUGACUUUCCUUUUGAGAUUGUGAACCUCAAGGCAAAAGUGAACUUUUAGUGUUAAAUUGUGAUCCAGUUACAAUCAGCUCUGAACCUCACUGCAAUUUGUGCUCCUCCCUACAACUAGAAGGCAAAAAAAUGGUUUCUAAUCGUCUUACUGUACCUGCCUUAAUGUGUAACGGUUAAUGUACAUUCUGAAGAGGAAUGUUUUUUUGAUUGCAGAUAAUGUGUUGCUAUAUUUCCAAAUAAAUUGCCAAUUCCAUAUUUUUAAAGUGACAUGAUGAAUAAUGGCAUUAAAUUUUC